CGGCUCGGCUCGGCGAGCUCGGUUCUAGCUCGGCUCGGUUCGGCUCGGCUCAGCCCGGCACGGCGGCGGCGGGAGGAUGGAGAUGAAAAAGCGGCUCACACUGGAGCUGCGCAACAAGAAGCCCGGAGAGGUGAAAGAGCUGGUCCUUGAUAACUGCCGUUCGGAUGAUGGGAAGAUCGUUGGGCUCUCUUCAGAUUUUGAGAACCUGGAGUUCCUCAGCAUGAUCAACGUCAACCUUAUGUCCAUCUCCAAUCUCCCCAAACUUAACAAGCUCCGAAAGCUGGAGCUGAGUGAUAACCGGAUUUCUGGUGGCCUUGAAGUUCUAGCAGAGAGAACUCCUAACCUGACACACUUGAAUCUAAGUGGCAACAAGAUCAAAGACAUCAAUACCCUGGAACCCUUGAAAAAGUUGCCAAACCUGCAUAGUCUGGACCUCUUCAACUGCGAGGUGACAAUGCUCAUCAACUACCGGGAGAGUGUGUUCACCCUUCUGCCCCAGCUCACAUACCUAGAUGGAUUUGAUGCUGAUGAGCAGGAAGCUCCUGACUCAGACCCUGAGGCAGAUGGGGAUGGCCUGGAAGAUGAAUAUGAGAAUGGGGAAGAAGGUGAGGAAGAGGAGGAUGAUGAUGAGGAAGAUGACUUGGAUGAAGAAGUCAUCGAUGAAGAAGAUGAUGAAGAUGAUGAUCUGGAAGGUGAAGAGGAGGAGGAUGGAGUAGAUGAUGAGGUGAGGCUUUCUGUCAUUACUGUAUGUCUUCAGUAGCAUUUUGGCUUGCUUGACAGUGUGUUUGUAUGUUAAUCUUAUGACCCAUCAGACCAUGUCACAGGUGCCUCUUUGUGGGCAGAUUCAAGGGGUCCUACCCUGGGCUUUGGCUUUUCCCAUCCAGAAACUUCUUAAUCCAUGAGAGUUUUCUGGUUCAGCAGUUUUCCACUUGGACUGAUGUUUCUGUAUCAGUUGUCAAGCCAUAAAGCCAUACAGAAAACACUCUUAACAAGUGCUGUUAAAGAAAGAGGAGCUUCUCCAUACCCAGCUUGCACCUUACACCCUAAGAAAGGUGGGAGCAGAGAUGAAGGAAAAGCAUUGUGGUUUGUGUAACAAGGUGUCUUGUUUUCCUUCUAGGAGGAAGAUGAGGAGGAAGAUGGUGAGGAUGAAGAAGAUGAUGAAGCUGAUGAUGACCUUCCACGAGGGGAGAAGAGAAAACGAAAUCUAGAGGAUGAAGGAGAGGAAGACCCAGAGGACGAAGAGGAUGAUGAGGAUGACUGAUCCCAGCGAGCCAAUCAGUUUUACAGACUAUGACUGUGCUUGUCUUAACCUCCCCGUUGUGUCUAUGUGAGACUGUAAAUCCCCAUCUCCCACUCCUCCUCCCCUUUGUAUGGCUGCAGCGUCCACAGUAUAUUUUUUUAAGAUGUAGAAUACUGUAGGCAUUCAGGGGAAUCUUCCAUACAAGGCUCUCUUUCUCACAAGUAUCUCAUGACCAAAGGCUUUCUCCGUUCUGUGGUUUGUGCAGCAGUUUGCAAAAAAAAAAAAAAAAAAAAAAAGGAAAAAAAAAAAAGAAAAAUUCCUCCUAGGGUAUCUUUGGUGUCUGAAAUCAGCCUUGCCACACUGGACCCAGAGCUCCAGCCUGCCACCUUGCCUGACAGCCAAGAAGGUGUUUGCUAUCUGCAUGCCCUCAGACCUGCUUUCCGAAGACACUCGAGCCAUCUUGAGCAGUGGGUGCAAAUCUGGUUCAUCUGAAUGGACUCUUAAGCAACCGAUCACUGAGGUGUCUCUGAUCAGAAAUAAUGGUGAUGUGAUCUCUGGAUAUGCUUGAAGAUACUUUAGUGCUGGGAUUGCGGGGUGCUUGGGGACUUGGGCGGGGGGUUGACUGCUUGCAAGACCUGGUACCUCUGGUGAUGCACCUUGCAGUAGCCCUGUACUUGCUUUCCUACUUUUUAUAAACUGGAAUAUUUUUUUUUCCUGAUUGCCACCUAAUAACUUCGACUUGGAUGCCCAAGUAGUGCUGGUUUAUGGUCCUGAACAUCUGCUGUGCUGAGGCUGGUCAUCGUUCUAGCAGCCUGUGCUUUGGGAAGAGAUAGGAAAUAGCAGGUUUAGGGAUACUGCACUUCUGUCAAACUCCAUUUCGCACUGUACAGAACACGUUCAACCAGUAUCACUGUGAUGCACCUAACUCGGCAUUCCCCGGGAGACCGUGUUAGCCUAUAUAUUCUCAGGGUCCUUCUGCUAGCCAGUAACAGCUCUGGACAGUUGCCUGGUGUGUGUCCUCCUCCUUUUUCCUUUUCAGCACAAAGAGAAGUCCAUUGAUCAGAAAUGCAGCUUGCUCCCAUUCAUGCUAUUUACGUGCUGCAGGAGCAGCCAUGGGGCAUGCCUCCCUCUGACCUGGAGUGGCUGGAGCAGGGAAGGGGGGAAUUGGACCAGGGCUAGCUCUCCACUGCAGGGUUUCUGGCCUCUGACCCUUCCUUCCUUUGCCACGAGGCGUUCGGAUGGCACAGCUGAUAGCUUCUGGAGAAACCUGGCCCUGUGGCCUGCAGGGAUGGGGAGCUGUUGGGUGCUGGGUGCCUGCGUUGGGGACAGAGGGAGCAACACAGUGCUGGGAGCAUCGCGCUGCUGCGGGGGCACUGGCACUUUGCAGAGCUCUGCUCGGUGCUCCAGGCAAUGCUUUGGCACCCAGUGCCUGGAGGUGAGGCUCACAGAGUUCCUUCAGGAGUGGUGUGUGUUUGCAGCACAUCAGAGUUUCUGUUGCUUUGUUCUGUUCUUGCUGUUGUCUCUUGCAUUGUACAGUAGCUGUAACCAUUCAGAGAAGAACUACUCCUGUAAAAUGCAAACUGAGUAACUUAUAAAUGUUAAAGGAAUUUAAAAAAGGAAAAAAAAAAAA